AUGAGGCAUCUUGACUCAAAAGAAGACCAUGGCCAGAAUCAUAGUCAGAAGAAAUCAGUUAUCACCAAAGUAAAGGAGAAAGCCAAGAAGUUACGCCAUAGCCUUAGUAAGAAAAAACAUGAGGACUGGAAUGCUAAUAGUCCCCCGUCGAGUGCUGGACAUGAAGGUGAUGGAGCAGAAGAAGAUGCUGAACACCAUGAAGCUACAUUGUAUGAAUCUGAGAUGGCAUAUGAAAGACAGAGAAAAUACAAGGCAACAUUCAAGACUGAGUCCAGUAACCCCAGAGAAGCAUGUUCUGUCAAACAAUGA